CACAAGCGCAUAGAGACGUUGCUAGGCGCUCCAGGUAACAACUGAUGCGAUGAACCGGGGAAACUCCAGGGGAAGGUUUGGCGGGCCAGUUCCGAGGUCGUACCUUGAUGUAUCUUACGGCUAUGAAUAUGAAAGCUACCCAGAAACAGAUGAGGUGGUACCAUCCCCUGGGAACAAAGACACGAAUCAUGGCUACAUUCGCACAAGGCUUGCACCCCCAGUCCCAAGGCCAAUUGAACCCUAUAACUACUUUGAAAGCUCUAAAAGGUGCGGGCCAUAUGAGUCUUACGACUCUGGGUCCUCUAAAGGUAGCCGAGAUCUGCUCAGAUCCGGCUUCGGCAGUAGUUAUGAUGACGGAUUUGACAGCUCCCUCCCUCGUAAUCAGUUCUAUAGUGAGGAGUCCGGCUGGGACUCGUCCUACCCGGGCCCCAGGGUCAGGUCUGGCUUUUUGGAUAAUGGCGGAGGAGGUGGUUCCUCUUCCUACGCCAGCGGCGACUCUCCCCACACAAGGCCCGCACCCGUCGGCUCGCGGGGCCGAGGAAUGCCCGCGUACCCUCAAAACGGUUUUGGCGGUAGAAGCAAUGAUGUGGGAGGACCGCCUGCGCUCAGAGGCCGAGGCAGAGGAUUCAUACCUGGUGGUGCUGGAAUCAGGCUACCUAUGAAUGCAGCUCCACACCCACACAACUAUAUGGAGAGGAGCAAGCCGCCAAUGGGACGUUUUGGACCUCCCCCACCCGAGUUCAUUGUCGGCUACCAGCACCCUCCCCCACCAUCCCCACUGACAGCACGUGGGAUGAAGAGGAAGAUGAGGGUUCUCAUGCUACCCAGCAUCUACGCAAAAAAGAAGUGCAAGUCAACCCCCGCCAUCAUGAAGGAAGCGGAAAUGAACAACUCAGCAGAGGACGCUAAAACCAAUGUGGAGGAAGGAGAAAAAGAGGAAGACACAGAGGACACACCGGAGAUGAAACAAAGGAAAGCCAGGAGGGAGAAGCAGAAGCGAAGACGAGAGAAGGAGAUCGAGAAGUACGGGGAAACACACAGGCUGGCGUUCACAUGUGCAUUCUGUAAAGUCCGUACGUGUGAGCAGGAGGAGAUGGAGGAUCACUUCUCAAGCGACUUUCACCAGCAAACUUUGGCGCACAUUCAGAAACAAGCCAAAUUUGAUGACACAACAAUCACCUUCCUACAUGAAUCCAUGGUGAAUAAAUUUCGUAAGACCGCGUUACGAAAACUCACCAGCACCGGCCCUGAACCGUGUCUGGAAGUUAUUCAGCAAGAAAUAUCUAAAGUGCUGGUGGAGGAGGCGUGUCUGAGCAAAGUGGAGAUGAUCCACUGCACCGCCUGCCGAGCACACAUCCCCGCCGCCCUCCUCUCCCUACAGCAGCACCUCGAGUCCAGCGACCACAAGAAGAACAAGACGAAAUUCACAGAGACGCAGAAAAGGGAGAGUGUCCUCACAGCCACCAGCAUUAUGACCAACCCUAUUGUGAAAGCUCGCUACGAGAAAUACCUUAAGGGUGAGAAUCCUUUCGAGGAUGAGAUGAAAGAGUCUGCAGAAGACACACAGGACGACCAAGUGGAGAACAGUGCAACCCAAUGAGCUCAGUG